ACCCUGCCUCGUAGCCGUAAUUAGUCGGAACGCUGGCGGCGGGGAUUGUGGGAGAAGAUGGCGGCUGCCUUUCACCCGUUGCUUGUCCGGGCUCUGCCAAUGUCACGUUCUUCUAUUACUGCAUUAGCCACAUCUGUGUUUCUUGGCCCACCCCAGCGCCAUCUUCAUCAUGCACUCAUACCUCAUGGGAAGGGGGGCCGUUCCUCAGUCAGUGGGGUCGUGGCCACUGUGUUUGGAGCAACAGGAUACCUGGGCCGAUAUGUUGUCAACCAUCUUGGACGUAUGGGGUCACAAGUGAUCAUACCCUACCGGUGUGAUACAUAUGAUACCAUGCAUCUUCGUCCUAUGGGUGACCUGGGCCAGAUUAUCUUUCUGGAAUGGAAUGGGAGAAACAAAGAUUCCAUCCAGAGAGCAGUGGAGCACAGCAGUGUGGUCAUCAAUCUUGUUGGGCGAGACUGGGAAACCAAAAACUUUGAUUUUGAGGAUGUUUUUGUGAAGAUUCCCCAAACAAUUGCUCAGGUGUCUAAGAAUGCUGGGGUUGAAAGAUUUAUUCACAUUUCACAUCUGAACGCUGAUAUUAAAAGUUCUUCUAGGUAUCUGAGAAAUAAGGCUGUUGGAGAGAAAGAAGUGAGAGAUGCAUUUCCAGAAGCCAUCGUCAUAAAGCCAUCAGACAUCUUUGGACGAGAAGAUAGAUUCCUCAAUUAUUUUGCAAAUAUGCGCUGGUUUGGAGGUGUACCUCUUAUAUCCUUGGGCAAGAAGACAGUGAAACAACCAGUAUAUGUGGUAGAUGUAGCCAAAGGAAUUGUUAAUGCAAUUAAGGAGCCAGAUGCCAGAGGGAAAACUUUUGCCUUUGUUGGGCCCAAUCGAUACCUUCUUUUUGACCUGGUGCAGUAUGUCUUUGGUGUGGCGCACAGACCCUUCCUCCCAUACCCUUUGCCCCAUUUUGCCUAUCAAUUGGUAGCACGACUCUUUGAAACCAGUCCAUUUGAGCCAUGGACAACAAGGGAUAAAGUGGAACGGGUUCACAUCACUGACAUGAUAUUGCCUCACCUGCCCGGCUUAGAAGAUCUUGGUAUUCAGGCCACACCACUGGAAAUGAAGGCCAUCGAGGUGCUGCGGCGUCAUCGCACUUACCGCUGGCUCGCUUCUGAAAUUGAAGAUGUGAAGCCAGCCAAGACUGUCAACAUUUAGUGGCCCCUGUGCUGCCCUUGUCUUUUUGGUGUCAUUUGGGUCACCUGGCUAUCACCCAGUCCACUUUCAUCAGAAAAUCCUGUAAAUAGUGAAUAAGAUUUCUCUAUUAAAACGUCUGAGGUUA